UCCGAGGUGUCAGACGCCUGAACUUGCCUCUUUGUCACAGAGUUGAAUUAGACAAACGCUCAUCAUGGCAUCCAAGAUGAUAAUUCAGCAGCCCAAGCCUCUGGUAGUGGCUGCAGCAUCAGAUCAGUGGAGCACCAGCAUCUGCGAAUGCGACAAUGUCAAUGAAUGUUGUUUCUCCGUGUGGUGUUUCCCUUGUUUCGCCUGCAUUACAGCCAGAGAUCACGGAGAGUGCCUGUGUCUCCCUCUGCUGGACAGUUUCGGCUGUAUUCCUCCAAUCACGCUCUCCAUGAGGGUUUCCACACGACGACGAUACGGCAUCAAAGAUUCAAUCUGCAAUGACUGUGUGUACACUUGCUGCUGUGGGCCGUGCUCGUGGUGCCAGAUCCGACGAGAGAUGAAGGCAAGGCUCCAUCCUGUCACUCUGUUCAACAACAGGCCAAACUAAAGAUCACCAUCACCCUCCUCAUCUUCAUCAUUAUCACUUUCAUGGCAAAUUCUCUCAGUGCUGCUUGUCCUUAUCAGGUCACAGUCCUGUUAGUCCAAAAAACACAACAACAAAAAACAAAGACUUGCUCAUUCUGUGGGUUUAAUCACAGUUUUUGAUCUUCCUCCUACUCACACUGACCUGAGAUCAGCCUUUUCUGGCGUGGCCGUGAAAUGAGUUUUACAUAUUGUCCAUGUGCGGCUUUAGUUCAGGAUGUGAAGAAUUCUGAACAAUGGAUUUAUCCUGUGAAACAUGAAGUUUUUUAUUUAAUGUUGAAAUAUGUUUAACACAUCAACAAUUUAGUUGUAUUAUUAUUAUUAUUAUUAUUAUUAUUAUAGAUUGUUGUUGAUUUUAUUAUUAAAGACACAGUGUAUACUUUUUUAAUCUGAGAUGUAAUCUUAUUCUCACUCGCUGUUAUAUUGAGCCAUUGAUAUGUGCCAUUGGAGGUUUGAUAUUAGAAAGUGUUUGUAGUGUGUGUUUGUGUGUGUGUGUGUGUGUGUGUGUGUGUGUGUGUGUGUGUGUGUGUGUGUGUGUGUGUGCGUUUGUGCAGAUUUGAUUCACACAUUGAUUUGUAAAUAAUUGAAUGUAGCAAAUAUAAAUGUUGAGGACCUCAAUAAAGCCGAUUAUAAUCAA